AUGGACUUUCUAAGACAUGCAGUGCUGGCAGCUGUAGGCUCUGGCUUGACAGUUCCUGACAAGAUCCUUGUCAAUCCAGUCAUUGUUCCAUCCAUUCUAACUCGUUUCGGAUUAGACUCAAGUUUAUCUGGAGCCAUUGCUCAUGAUGAAUCUCAGUCACUGCUGGCUGUGGGUUUGAGCAAUGGCUCAUGGCUGGUGCUGGGAAACCAUUUGGAGUUCAGACUCGCAAUGGACAACUUUGGACGAGACUCGGCCAGGAAACUGCAUUCUCUGCAGCACCAACCUACCAAUAGAAGCACUCACUCGCUUCAUGCUGAUUCUACUUAUCAGAAACCUUCUGUUCCGUUUCAUAGAGCCAGUCAGUCAUCAACCCAAUUCCACAGUUUAAAUUCAUCUGUAGUUCAAACCAGUCGUAAAAUACCAGGACUCGCAUUCAAACUGGGCGACUGUUAUCUCGUCGCAACCACUCCACUCGCCCCUACACAGAUCGUUGUAUGGAACAUUCAGCUUAAAACCCUACAUCUUCAAAUUCAACUGUCGGAUCCUGUCACUGCAUUUCAGAUAUGUCCAGAUUCAUCAUGGGUCGCUGUUGGGCUAUCCUCUGGUCUUGUUAGUAUGGUAGAUAUGGUUUCUGGACAGAUAUCUCCCUACUCUUUCCAUCAGCCUACUUUUUCAUCCAAGGAAGACUACAAUGAUGCCACGGCCGCGAUCUCUUCAGUCACUGCUACAGCAUCCUCAAUCUCACUCCAAAACACGUCUGUUCGGCAACUCUUGUUUUCACCAACAAAUCCCAACCAUUUGUUGGUAGUGUGCGAAACUGGUCCAAUUUUCUUAUGGAACGUGUCGCAAAAACAGUGUCUAAAGUGGUUCGUAUACACAACCAACGCAGAUUCAAAAUCUACUGAUCCUUUACCUUGUCUUUCUGCAUGCUGGAGACCAGAUGGUGAACAGAUCGUCGCUACAUACACUGAUAACCAGCUUGUGUUUUGGAAUAUGAAGGAGGACUGGGUUUCUUUGAUUACGAGUGGUGAUAUCCAUAAGCGUAUUUCCAAAAAACCUGCGCUUGUAAGACAUGUUUUGGCUAGUGCAUCGAUGACUCCAAAAGAAAAAUUAAAUCAACCAGAGGUUUGGCCAAUUAAGCAGCUACACUGGAUAUUGCUAGGACCGGAUCAUGGAUCUAUACUGUUUGUUAGUGGUGGAAUGUUUAAAAACGCUUCAAAUGGAAUUGCAUGUUUGUUUUUUACUGCAAAAUACGACAUGCGCUCCAAUCAUAUUGUAGAAACUGUGGUUCCAAUUGUAGGCACUGUAGCCACGUUUGUUGUGAUUCCACAAACAAAAUCUCGGCAACAAAAUAAUUCAUCAGAUUCAUCAGAUUCUAGACCAAAUGUGGAGGUGGUUGCUGUGACUGAGGGUGGACUAUGUGUUGCAUUCAAUCUUCAAGAUAAAAACAUCACUCCUUUAUCGCUCCCAGGACGUCUACAGUGUCAAACAUCUUUACAAGACAACAAUCUACAAACCAACACAACUUUGGUAUCGAGUGCAAACGUACACACCCUCACUCACAUGGAAUGUUCAUUAAAACUUUACCGCGACAUAGAAUCAUACAGUCACAGCUUUCUUCCACCAGCACUCGAACUAGCAGGUGGACAAGCACGAAAGCUCAACAUUGUUCGCAUUAAUGACAUCAUUUCAAUUGUUCGACCUGAUAAACAGAUUGAAUUUUGGAGUGGAAUGGCAUCGGGUGGAUCUCCUAUGUGGCUCUUCACGACUCCUUUUGGCGAAUGGCUACCCAAUUCAGAUAUUGAUCACAUUUGGCAUUGUUUGGAUCGAAAGUUGCUGUGUAUUCAAAUGGGACCUUGUGUCGUGUAUCAUAUAUUUACGAUGCCUGCCAAAGAAGUAGAAAAUCAGAGCGAUGAUGGUCCAGAUCAUGACAUUGAGGACAUUGAUGCAAUGAUGGCUAAAUUAGACGAAACAAUUGGGCAGGUACUCGAGGACUCUGCUGCAAUUACCUCGUUGGCUUUGCAUAAUAUAGAUCAAACUAAACCCGAACAUGAGAACGAGUUUUACGAUGAAUCUCAAACUCAUCCAAGUACUACUGACCAACUCGAAUCAACCAAAAAGAAUGAUCAUUUGGUAUCCCAUGCUGAUGUAGAUUCACAAGAGGGUAAUAAAAAUGUUUGGGUCACAUCUUUGGAAGAAAAGCACUUUCAAAGUGCUCAGUGCUGGAAACCUCUGUUUCAAGUCAUCCACACAUCAGAAGUAUUGCUGAGCGAAUAUGCCGAUUGGAUGAAUAUUCUUGCAACAGCUACAUCCGAGUUUGUUCAUUUUACCGAUACCAUCAGCGGCCGUGAAAUUUUUACCGAUAAACUAUCUGACACAGUAUAUCCAUUACAUCCAAAUGAGCGCUUUUCAUCAUCUCAGCAAUACUGUUUUGCCACAUUCAUGUGUUUUGCUCCACUUUUAACUGGCGAUGAUCCAACACCGCAGCUUUCACUUGUCGUAGCUACUUCAAAUGGGACAAUCCUGGCAUAUACGAUUGUAUUUGAUUUUGUUUCUCACAAAGUUAAUCCUCAACGACAUAAUUUAUACAUUCCCGACUCAACAAGCAUGCAUCGCGCUGUAAAUUCAACUACCGAGUCCAGCUUUCACCUUUCCGAGGACGCUAGCCCUAUUCAUCUAACUGUUCUAGACGAUCAAGGAAGAGUUUUACGAUCGGAUUACCGAUAUAGACCUUCAAAUGAUAUUGAGCAGCAUAUUGUCGUUGUAUCUAGACGUUCUGUUAAAAUCCUGGUUUUAAAAACUGACCGAAAUCCAUUUGUUGAAGCACAACAAUCUUUUUCUGAAACUCAGCACAUUGUGUGUGGCCGUGUAGUCUAUAUUCUAAACGAUGCACCACAUGUGGUAGCUGUUACGAAUCUGGGUAGACUGAUUGUAUUUGUACUCCCAUCGCUUGAAAUGAUUGCACAAGUACCGCUUCCUAGCGGUAUUGAUUCAAGAAACCUUGCAAAAACAACGAUUACUUUAGACGGACGUUUGGGCUGUUGGAUGGCUGAUGGGCAUUGGGAAAUGUUUGGCAUUAUUUCCAAUCCGACACAAUAUCCUCAGAUUGACAUUAGACUGUAUGAUUUGUAUCGACAAAGUCAAUGGUACAAUGCAAAAGGAAUCCAGCAAUCUUCUACCCAUCGCAAUGCACAGCAUGAUUUGCUAUUUGGAUCUACAUAUUCCCAACGCGAUGAGCUGGGAUUGGAUAAAACCAAUAAACCUCGUGGCAACGAUGCCAUGUCAGCAAUGACCAAUGCAAGUGCUUUUAACUUGCCAUUCAACAAGUCUAGACAUGACACUUUUGCUUAAAUAGACUUGACACUACUUUUCAAUACUAAACCAUCUGAUUAUUUUACAUAUAGAAACUGGAUGAACGUGGCGAACGAUUAGCACAAAUGGAAACAAAAACAAGUGAAUUGGCGGACGCAUCUAAACAGUUUGUGAGCAGGAUAAAAGAAUAUAAUGAACAACAAGCAAAAAAAAGUUGGUGGCAGUUUUAAACGUACGAAUAAAACUAUUUUUAACUCU